CCUGCUUUUUCCUUUUAAAUCUGCUGACAGUUGAGGUUUAGUCAAAAUGCUGCUCCUUCUGAAUAGUUAGGACUAAGAGAUUUACAUCAUGCAAAGACUUUCACUCCAUUCUCAUUUAACUUCACAGUUUCUUCGGUCUCAUUUUUAGUAGGCGGUGUUAUUUUAUCAAACUGUACACUUCCCGUUUUGGGCAAAGAGAUAUCUUUUGGAAAAGCAUGCCGAGGAAAAUUCUUGGAUUAGUCUUGUUCAUCCUAGCAAUAUGUGCAACUUUUCAAGAUGAAGGGCGGACAAAUCAGUUAAAAUCAAUGCGAUGUCAUCGGAAGUUCACAUAUAGGAAGACUACUUCUUGCUCUACUUGCGCUCUUAAUUCUCAGAGGGUGAGGUGCCCAAAGGGAUGGACGCUAAUUGACAAGCCAGGGCAAUGCAGGUAUACAGUAAACCUGGGUGAGAAUACCAUAUCUAUCUUGGGGUGCAAUUACUUGUGCAUAAAGGACGUAGAAGAGGAACAAUGCUGCUCUGGAUCCUGGGGUUCUGAAUGCUAUGAAUGUCCUGGUGGAUCUGAAAACAUAUGCAACCAGCAUGGAACCUGUUUGGAUGGCAUUACGAAUAAUGGAACUUGCAUUUGUAAUGCAAAUUAUGGUGGCUUCGCAUGCCAAGAUUGCAAGGAUGAAAAGCAUUUCGGCCCUGACUGUCAAUCUGUAUGUGAGUGUCAGCAUGGAAUUUGCAACCAUGGCCCCUCUGGAGAUGGAAAGUGUACCUGCUAUGCUGGUUAUGCGGGCCCCAAGUGUGACCAAAAAGUUCCCAACUGUGAUGGAGUAAUCUGUGAAGCAAACUCCCUGUGUGUGGUAAAGAAUGGGAAAGCUGAGUGUGAAUGUAUUCCAGGCUACAAGAAGAUUGGGAUAUAUUGUCAAGCCCAGGAUCCCUGUAACUCCUCUCCAUGUUCUCCACAUGCUGUUUGCAAGACUGUUGGGGAAACCAAAUAUCAGUGUGUUUGUGCUGAGGGAUACCAAGGAAAUGGGAGAGUGUGCCAAGUCAGGAAUCCCUGUCUUUUCAAUAAUGGUGGCUGCCCCAUCAAUACCACCGACUGUUUUGACAGGGGUACAGAAAAGCCAUAUUGCCAAUGCAAAGCAGGAAUGCAAAGGGAAAGAGACGGGAGAAAUGAAUGCAUAUUGACCAAUGAAUGCUCAAGUUAUUGUGACAGCAGUGUACAAAGGUGUGAAAUGACCCCUGAUGGGUUUUUUAACUGCAUCUGCCAAAAGGGAGAAAUUGAAGUUGGAGGUUCCUGUUACAAAACUCUCCUGAGUGAAAUCAUUAAGAAAAAUAAAAGAGGACCAUAUCAAAAUUAUCUGAAGGGUGCACUGGAAAUAUUUGGUAAGGGUUGUUCAUUAAUCCUGGAGAACUAUGGGCCUUUCACAGUACUUGUGCCUACUGGAUCCAUCUUUCCUCGAUAUGACAUCAGUGUCAGAUAUGCACAGGAAUUCUGUAGGAGACAUAUAAUAGCUGGGCAGCACUUGAUAAAAGAAAUGAGCGACACUCAGUAUUUUUGGACAUUAUCUGGACAUAAAGUGGAAUUUCAUGAAGAGCUGCAGCGCCAUAUCAGGUAUAGGUACUUAGAUACUCCAGACGAAAUCAAUUCCAUCUCUUACUUCGAUGGGCCAGCAGUUAAUGGUAUUAUACAUAUUGGUGACCAAGUAAGGAAAAUAAAGAUCAUGGACAACUUUGAUAAUGCUCAGAAAACAAUUGCCGAAAUUCUCGCUUCCAUGGAGAUUUCCAUCCGAUUUGAAACUAUAUUAGAAAAUUGUGGUCUUCCAUCAAUUUUGGACGGUCCUGGACCUUUUACUGUGUUUGUCCCAAGUAAUGAAGCAGUGGACAAAUUAAGAGAUGGAAGGCUAAUUUAUCUCUUCACAGAGGGCAUAAAUAAGCUUCAGGAACUUGUGAAACAUCAUAUCUAUCCCACAGCAGCGGUCUAUGUGGAAAGACUAAUAAUGAUGCCACAUAUUGUGACCAUGGCAAACCAAUUACUGACAGUUGAGAUCAGUAACGAUGGAAGGAUUCUGUUGGAUCAUUCCAAGGUUAUGAUAAGCAAGAUGAAUAUUUUGGCUUCAAAUGGUAUUAUUCAUAUCUUGGAUGGUGUCUUGAUUCCUUCAUCUAUACUCCCUAUUCUGCCAAAGAAAUGUAAUGAAGUACAUUAUAAAGUUGUGAAGGGUUCUUGUGUGGAUUGUAAGCUCCUUAAUAGCAGCAUUUGUCCUCCUGGGAGCAAAACUAUGGAAGACAAGGCUUUUUCAACAGAGUGUGUUUAUAUUCAUGAUCCACUUGGUUUGAAUGUUCUGAGAAAGGGUUGCCAACAAUAUUGCAAUCUGACUGAAGUGAAACCUGGAUGCUGCAAAGGGUUUUUUGGUCCUUCCUGCACCCAGUGUCCUGGUGGAUAUAGCAAUCCAUGCUACAACAAAGGAAGUUGUAAUGACGGCAUUCUCGGAAAUGGUCAAUGCAACUGCAACGAUGGCUUCAAAGGAAUUGCCUGCCACAUCUGCACAAACCCAAACAAGCACGGGGAGAACUGCACUGAAGAUUGUGACUGCAUCCAUGGAAUUUGUGACAACAGACCAGGAAGCAGAGGUGUGUGCCAGAGAGGGACGUGUACAGAUGGCUACAUCGGUGAAUUUUGUGACAUACACACUCACAGAUGUGAAUCUGACACUCUGACCUUUUACUGCCAUGGCCAUGCCACCUGCACUGUGAAUGACACUGCAAAGUGUGUCUGUCUUGAUGGAUAUGAAGGGAAUGGGUUUUCCUGCAAGCCCAUUGAUGCCUGUACUAAGCCAGGAAGGGGGGGAUGUUCAGAAAAUGCUACAUGUACCACUACGGGUCCUGGCACAGCCAGCUGUCAGUGUAUCCGGGGUUGGACUGGGGAUGGAAAAGCUUGCAUUGCCAUAGACAAUUGUGUAACAGAGACCAGAGGAGGCUGCCACAUCAAUGCUGAUUGUAAUUACAUUGGCCCUGGACAGAGCAGCUGCAUGUGCAAGAAAGGCUAUGAGGGUGAUGGUUACAUCUGUGAUAGGAUUGACCCUUGUAUGAUGGACAAUGGGGGCUGCCACGAACUGGCUGUAUGCCAGAUUCUCAAUACUGGAGAAAAAACUUGCCAUUGCUCUGAUGGAUAUAUAGGAGAUGGAAUUCAAUGUUACGGUGAUGUGAUGAAGGAGCUAGUAAGGAAUCACUACUUUUCAACUUUUUAUGAGUGGAUUAAGAAAUCCCACUUCAGCAUGCCCAAAGGAGCCAAUGUGACUGUUCUGGUGCCUCUGAAAGAAGCUGUCCAAAAUUUGAGCAAGGCUGAAAAACAAUUCUGGCUGGAGUCCCAUAUGCUACCAUCUCUAGUCAGGUCUCAUAUCCUCCAGGGUUCCUUCACAACUCAGCAACUCAAGAAGUAUGUUGGCCAAAAACUCCCUACUCUCAAUCCAGAGGCCAUGUGGGAAAUAAAGAGCAACAAUGGGGAAAUAACUAUUCAGAAUGCCAGCAUUGUAUUGGGUGAUAUUCCCGCUAUUAAUAGCACUAUUUAUAUCAUCAGAAAGGUUCUGUUACCAACAUCUGUCAAGAUCCCACCUGGUCUGCAGGAGCAACUAGACAUUGUGCCCUCUUUCUGGAAGUUCAAAGAACUACUGGAGAGAUAUCAGUUGGUGAGAGAAAUUGAGUCAUCGGAAAAAUAUACAAUUUUUGUCCCAGGAAAUAAUUCAAUUGAGAAAUAUUGCCAAGCAUCAAAUAUUACACAACUGGAUAAUGACACCAUGCAGUAUCAUAUUGUAAUUGGUGAUAAGCUGUUUUUGAAAGACCUGAAGAAUGGAGUGCACAGAAGCACAAUGUUAGGAUUCUCCAAUUGGCUCAUGUUUUCUAAUACACUCAAUAAGACAUAUGUAAACACAGUUCUUUUGGAUGGCCCAGUUGUUGAAACAAGAAAUGGAAUGUUGAUUGGGGUUUCUCAAGUUCUACAGAUUCACAAAAACCGUUGCACUACCAAUACCUCCACUGUGCAAAAGUCAAGAUGUGCUAAAUGCAACAAAAGGUUCAAGUGCCCAGCAGGAUCAGUGCUUGCGCAACAUCCAGGCAAAGGAAAUCUUCCUCACUGUAUAUUUAAAGCUGGAGGCAUGAAAUUAGUUGGCUGCUACUUUACUUGCAUCAAAGUUUCCCUAGUCUCCGUCUGCUGUCCAGGCUACUAUGGUGCUAUGUGUGAGAUGUGUCCUGGGAAGCCAGGCAACUGGUGCUCUGGCCACGGGGUGUGUCAAGAUGGCAUUGAAGGCAAUGGAGAUUGCCAGUGCCAGGAAGGUUUCCAUGGUACAGCCUGUGAAAUGUGUCAGGCAGGAAGAUAUGGACCCAAGUGUCAAUCAGAGUGCAAUUGCAAUAAAGGACAGUGCAACGAUGGGUUGUUAGGUGAUGGAAGCUGCACGUGCAACUCAAGAUUUAAAGGAGUUAAUUGUGACCAAGAGAUUGAAACUGAUUUCUGCAAUGGUACUUGUGAUGUGAAUGCCAAUUGCGUUAAUGACUCUACUAAUUCUCAACCCACCUGCUCCUGUUCUGCUGGCUAUUCUGGAAAUGGAACCUCUUGUGCAGAAAUAGACCCUUGCGCUGAAGAGAAUGGCGGCUGUUCCAUAUAUGCCAACUGUACCAAAAUAGCACCGGGCAAAAACAUCUGCACUUGCAAAGAAGGUUAUUCAGGAGAUGGAACAUUAUGCAGAGAACUGGAUCGAUGCUUAGAAAACAAUGGAGGAUGCCACCGAAAUGCAAGCUGUAUUAAAACAGGGCCAGGUUUGGUUGCCUGUGAGUGUCUUCCCGCGUUCAGUGGCGAUGGGAUUAAGAAAUGUGACUAUACCGAUCCUUGCUUGGAGAAUAAUGGUGGCUGCAGUCCACUAGCUAUGUGCUUUAAAAAUGAAAAUGGGAUUCCAAGAUGCAUUUGUAUAUCGGGGACUGGUGAUGGCUUCACAUGCCGUAGAAGUGUAUGGCAGGAGCUUAUUGAAAGAAAAGAUGCCUCUGAAUUUCUUCGUUAUAGCCAGGCUCAUCGAGUAAUGGAAAUAACAGGGAAAGGACCAUACACCAUAUUUGUCCCACAUGCUGAUUACCUACAGAAAAGGACCACAUUUUCAGAAUGGGAAAAAGCUGGCUGCAUCAAAGAUCUGCUUCGCUAUCACACAGUCAUCUGUCAGAAGCUCCUAUCAGAUGACUUGGAAUCACAGGAUUCUCUAACAGCUUUAUCUGGUCACAAAAUCAGAGUUUCCAUGAAAGAGAACAGUCUGUAUUUAAAUGAUGAAGUUAAGAUAAUUGAAAGUGACAUUACUCGAGAGAAUGGAGUCAUACAUUUUAUUGAUGGGAUCUUAGCCCCAUAUGAUCUGCAGCACCACAACAUUUCAUGCAACCUAUCCCAGAAAACCAUUAUAGAGGUCUCAGAGGCUCUUGGAUACAAUACGUAUAGCAGGCUUCUAAAGGAAGCAGGAUUUCUUAGUCUGAUCAAUAGUACCUGGCAUCAGCCAUUUACCAUGCUGUGGCCAACUGAUGCAGCCUUUAAUUCUCUUCCUGCUGAAAUGCAAAAAUGGCUCUUUCACAAAGACCACAGGAGCAAACUGGUUGCUUAUCUCAAAGGGCACAUGAUCCGGGAUAUAAAGGUCUUGGCUUCCAAACUGAUAGAAUUCUCGUCCUUGAGAACUUUGCAUGGCUCAUUGAUUUCAUUUAGCUGCAGCAAAACACAAGCAGGGGAUAUUGUGAUCGACAAUAACAAUGCAAGGAUUGUCCAGCGGUAUAUGGAAUUCAAUGUGGGCAUUGCUUAUGGAACUGAUCACCUUCUUGAGCCUCCAAAUUUGGGAUCCCGUUGUGAUGAGUUUCAAACUAUUGAAAUUUUAAAUGCUCCAUGCGGUCCUUGUGGCUUUGAGAAAUCCUGUCCUUUUGGAUCAGUGGACAUGGGAAAAAUCCGGACUUGCUAUUAUCAAUAUGGCUCUUUUGAGACUUCAUGGAGGAACUUAAGGCCGAAAUAUUUUCAUGUGCCAUCCCCUCAAAACCGGUUUAGAGAACAGGGAUGCAAGAGAACAUGCCUUGCCACUAACUGGGUACCCCUAUGUUGUCCAAAUCACUAUGGAAAGAACUGCCAGGUGUGUCCCGGAGGGCUCGAAGCACCAUGCCAAAAUCGUGGUACAUGCAAUGAUGGGCAUAAUGGCUCAGGACAGUGCAAUUGUAAUGCAUCUUUUGUUGGAGUGGCUUGUGAACUCUGUGCUCCAGGGUACUAUGGGCCAGACUGCAAAGAGUGCAGUUGUUCAGGAAAUGGGAUAUGCAACGAAGGGCUGCUCGGAAAUGGCUUCUGCUUCUGCUCUGCGGGAUGGACUGGAGAGCACUGUGAAACCAAACUAGCUGCAGUGCCUCAGUGCUCCCCAGCCUGCCAUCCAAAUGCUGUCUGCCGAGCUAAUAAUAUCUGUGAAUGUAACUUUAAGUACGAGGGAGAUGGAAAGACAUGCACAGUGAUUGACCAAUGUGGAAACAACAAUGGUGGCUGCAGCAACCAUGCUACGUGCACACAGAAUGGAACGGAUGUCUCCUGCACCUGCUCAAUGGACUACCAGGGUGACGGCUACAUCUGUGAUCCUAUUGACAGAUGUGCAGAUGGAAGGAAUGGACAAUGCAGUGAGCAUGCAACUUGUAUUAGCACAGGUCCAAAUACCCGGAGAUGCGAAUGCAAGGUGGGUUAUGUUGGAAAUGGAAUGCAGUGCUUCGAGGAAGUUAUUCCCCCUACAGACCGUUGCUUGGAAGAGAACGGGCAAUGCCACAUGGAGGCUAUUUGUACUGAUCUGCAUUUCGAGGACAAAACCGUUGGUGUGUUCCAUCAGCAGUCUCCCACAGGAAAGUACAAUUUUACCUAUGAAGAGGCUGAAGCCAGGUGCGCAGCUGAGGGAGCUACCUUGGCCACUCUUCAGCAGCUGUCUGCUGCUCAGCAGAUGGGGUUCCACCUCUGUAUAGUAGGUUGGCUUUUUAAUCGCACAGCUGGUUAUCCAACUGUAUACCCAAGUCAGAACUGUGGUACUCAUCAUGUGGGCAUUGUAAACUACGGCUAUCGAAACAACUUCAGUGAAAAGUGGGAUGCCUACUGCUAUCGAAUUCAAGAUGUACAGUGUAACUGUAAGGAUGGGUUCAUUGGAGAUGGCUAUUCUUGCACAGGCAGCCUUUUGGAUGUGUUGGCUCAAGAGGCAAACUUUUCAGUCUUCUAUUCAAUAAUUCUGGAUUAUGCUAACACCACUCAGGAAGGAGUAGAUUUUUUAAAUUUCCUCUCUGAGGACUUAGCUUAUAAAACUCUUUUCAUACCCGUGAACUCUGGCUUUGGAGAUAAUACAUCUUUAUCACUGAAGGAUGUAAAACUUCAUGCAUCGCUGCGUGGCGUUGCCCUCUCAAGCUUCAAUCUCACAGCUGGAACAAUAAUACCUUCCCAAGCAGGAUACAAUCUUUCCAUUGCAGAGUCAUUGAGUCAUACUUUCCUCAUUGUUUCUGAGCCAAUUAACAAUACAGCGAUUGUUGAAUGGGAUAUUCUGGCCUCCAAUGGGAUUAUUCAUGCUAUUCAGAGUCCUUUGAAGGUACCUCUGCAAUAUAACCAGAUUCCAAGUAUUGGAAAACCAUCUGCUGCUAUGACAAUUGGCAUAAGCACCAUUGUUGCUAUAGUUCUGUUGUGUGCAAUUAUUGCUGGAUUGUCCUAUCUCUGUCUCAAAAGGAGAAACCAACAAGUGCACUUUCGCCAUCUUACGACUGAACUAGAUGAUGAUGAAUUUUCCUGGCAGGAAAGGAGCCCACACUUAGUAUCCAUUCCAAAUCCUAUUUAUGAAGCAGAUAGCUCUAUCUAUGAGCCAUUUCAGGAGUCUCUCCACAGAGAAGAUUUUGUUGAUACUGAAGUCAUUUUUGGACAAGAGUAAUAUACUGUAAUACAAACCAGGAUAAAAAAAAAUUCCAGAAAUUUUGAUAUUUUGAAGAAACAUUUUAUAUAUCUCAAUUCUAUUCUUUUUAAAGUUAUGGGAAAGAAUUAUGAUCAAAAGAGCUAUCGGCAUUUGCAGUAACAUAAAGAAUUUCCCAUUUUUUUUGUUCAGAAUUCAUUCUCUCAUGUUGCAUUGCCUCUUUUUAGAGACCUUCAGGAAUAAGUUCUGAGUGUAAUCGUAAUAUGAAUGGAAAGAACUUAAAAACAUAUAUCCUGUCCAUGAAAUUUCAAUCAUCUGCUUAGGAAUGUGUCUGGCAAAUGAACACUGUGAGAACCCUGAAUGGGCCAAUGAAAAUUUAGUUCAGAUUUAAUGAAUGGAUAAAUUUACUUUGAAACUGCACUACUGAGCUUUCUUUUGAUAUUUUUUUAAUCUUCCAAUGAAAGACUGUCAAAAAUUGUUACCUGUAAACUGUAGACAGCACAUAUUUGUAAGCCUCCUGAAUUGGAAAGUUUGAAAAAGGGACCUUACAAACAAUUCUUAACAUUUUUCAUUGUGAUUACAUCAAUAUGCUACCAGUAAAUAUGCCAAUUAUCUCUCUUUGCCUUAUAAUUAGUAUUGUUUCUUUCCCCCUUCCCAUGAAGAAAAUUAAAAUAUAUUAACAUUAGGACUAUUCCAUAAUGAAACAAUGUAUUAUUUUUGUAAAAAAAAUAAAUGGUGUUAUGCCUAGUAACCAAA